CCGCCCACCACCAUAUCAUUGCCAAGCUCUUCCCUAAGGUUCUCCUCCAGCCAUGGCCGCUCUCCGCGCUUCCGCUGGCCCGUUUCUCUCGCUGCUCUCCAGCGCGAGCGGGAGCGCACCCACGCGCUCCCUCCCACCUCUGCUCCGUCGCCUGCAGCAGCCGCUCCUGCCCGUCUCUCUUCGCAUUCCCGGUCCCGCAGUCGCCGCGAUAACGAGCGUGUCUGGCAUCCUCUCCGACAUCUGGGAAUCCAUCCUACGCGCCGUUCCCAAGAAGAAGACGUCCCACAUGAAGAAGCGCCACAGGCAGAUGGCUGGCAAGGCAUUGAAGGAUGUUUCGGAGCUUGUCAAGUGCCCCGGCUGCGGCAGGCCAAAGCGCGCGCACAUUCUGUGCCCCUACUGCGUGCAAUCUCAUCCCACCGAUGUAUUCGCGAUAGCUCCUACCAAGACUAGCCUCCUUACCGCCUCCGGCUCCUCCAAUAUCCGAAUCUACUCCACCGAACAACCCGAUUUCCCGCUCACGCAGACGCUGCAAGGCGUGCACAAGCUCGGAUGCCACCACUUGGUUACAUCUGCGAACGGACAAAAGGCUGCUAGUGCUGGUUUCGGCGGUGAAGUCAAGCUCUGGAGCUUGGGCGAAGAUGGAAGCUGGGCUGAGGACGGAAGCAUUGUGGACGGAAACAAGGCUGGCGAGGUAUGGGCCAUCUCCUUGAGUGAAGACGGCAGAUACCUGGCAAGCACGACGUACGAUGGCCGUGUCAACGUGUGGGAAACUUCGUCGAAAGAGAAGAUUCGGGAAUACGAGACUAAGGGUAGCUUUGGCAUGAGCAUCCACCUGAGUGUCGACGGCCGCUUCACUGCCUCUGGUCAUGAGAGCGGUAGCGUAUAUAUCUUCAACAAUGACACCGGCCGCCUGCUCCACUCCCUUCCAGGUCUCAUCAAGCCCGUCCGCGCUCUUGCCUUCUCCCCAGGCUGCAAACUCCUGGCUGCUGCUGGCGAUGCUAAGACCAUCGCCAUCUAUGAUGUAUCUUCCGGUGAGCAGAUCGCCAACUUGUCGGGCCAUGCGGCAUGGAUCAUGAGCCUGGACUGGAGUGAUACGGGCGAGUAUCUUCUCAGCGGUGCUUUUGACGGCAAAGCCAAGAUUUGGUCUCUCGAGACCCGGAUGUGCGUUGCGACUCACUCCGAGUCAGACCAGACGCUGUGGACCGUUAAGUGGCUUCCGAAAUCGGCGGCACACCGGGCUGAGAUGUUUGCUGUGGCAGGUGCUGGGAAGAGCAUCUCCUUCUACCGUGAGGCAAGCGGAAGCUGAGUGGGUGGAUGUUUAGGGGUGAUAGCUUGCGGAAAUGAUGUAUAGACACCAUGAUUUAGUAGCGAGGCUUUAACUGGAGAAGUCGGCUUGAAUGCUUGAUAAGCUCAGCUAUGAAGAAAAGCUUAUAAAUCCUAAUUAUGUUUCGUUCUUCGUAAAAGGUGUGAUGUUUAGAAUUUUUGAGGAGACAAAUUGUAUG